UUCAAAAUCAAAUUCAUGAAUUGAAAAGAAGUGCAAGGACAUAGCGUGUUAACAAAAACAAUUAUAAUGGAUAUGAAGCUCAAUAUCGCGAUAAUUGCUUUUGUCUCAUUUCUUUAUGGCUUUAGUACAGCUCAAUCAUGGGUCCUUGAGAUAUCAAAAUUUGGCGGAGCACCGAAUGCAGAUAUAACACAGGCUUUUACAAAUGCUUGGAAAAAAGCAUGUGAGUCAACCACUUCAGCCAAAAUUGUGAUUCCUCAUGGUACAUACAAGAUGGGUGCAGUACAGGUCCAAGGUCCUUGCAAGGCCCAUAUUGAAGUUCAAGUUGAUGGAACAAUUAAAGCACCUGUAAAUCCAAGGAACUUCAAAGGGGCUGGCACAUGGGUUCAGUUUAGUUAUAUUAGCUUUUUCACCUUAUCGGGUAAAGGAGUUUUUGAUGGUGUUGGUGAAACUGCUUGGAAAAGAAAUGAUUGUUCAAAAAACAAGCAUUGCACCUUGCUUCCCAUGAAUUUUGCUUUUAAUUACGUCAAUAAUUCAAUUGUUCGUGACAUUACUUCCAAAGAUAGCAAAAGCUUCAAUGUCAAUGUUUUGGGUUGCAACAAUUUUACAUUUGAUGGUUUCAAAAUUGUUGCCCCUGCUUUGAGUCCGAACACAGAUGGAAUCCACGUUGGAAGAUCAACUGAUGUGAAGAUUCUUAACACAAAUAUUGGUACCGGAGAUGAUUGCGUCUCAUUAGGUGAUGGAAUAAAAAAUGUACUUGUUCAAAAUGUCAACUGCGGACCAGGUCAUGGUAUUAGUGUUGGUAGCCUCGGAAAGUACCCGGAUGAAAAGCCUGUAGAAGGAUUUUAUGUAAAGAAUUGCACUUUGACAAACACUGAUAAUGGUGUGAGGAUCAAGACUUGGCCUAGCACCCCAGGAACAGCUCCUAUAACCGAUAUGCAUUUCGAAGACAUUAUCAUGGUCAAUGUAAAGAACCCUAUUAUCAUCGACCAAGAGUAUUGUCCAUGGAACCAAUGCUCCAAAAAGAGUCCAUCUAAAAUAAAGAUAAGCAAGGUUUCGUUCAAGAACAUUAGGGGCACUUCAGCAACUCCGGAAGGAGUAAUUCUUAUUUGCAGCAGUGGUGUACCUUGUGACACUGUAGAGCUAAAUGGUGUUGAUCUUACUUUCAAUGGAGCCCCAGCAACCGCCAAAUGUGCUAAUGUCAAGCCAAUAGUUACUGGAAAAGCUCCUACAUGUGUAGCACCGGCAGCUUAGAAUGACUUUAACAUGGCAUAAUGUGUCCAAGAUUAUAAUAUUUUCUUUAACUUUCUAUUUUCCUUUUAAGGGUAUAGAACUCAUCCCCAUAAAACGAGGAUGCUAAUGAUUCUAGUCCCGAAAUGCGGGUUCAUGUAAACAAUUUUUCCAAGACUUUAAUUUCUAUCAGUUGACACAAUAAUUACAAGAUGUUUUCCCUUUGUUGGAUACAA